CACCUGGCCUUUUGCGGAGAGCCACAUGCUCCGGGCCCCAGAAAGGAUCAGUCAUUCAGCAAAUGGCAUGCCGAGCAGCCAAGGGGACGCGGCGGACCCCCCGGUCACCGGAUCGGCGGCAGCUGGUCUCGGGUGCUAUUUUCGCCCCGCGCAGCGCGAUGGGCAGCCAGCACCCGGGCCGCGGGGCGCGAGCAGCGCCCACUCUCCUCGCCGCCGCCAUGAAGUCCGCAGGGAGCGACAAGGGCGGGUCCCCCUCCGACCCCGACGAGCUGGACAGCGGCAGCGAGAGCUCGGGCAAGUCCACGGGGGGGGGCAGCCCGACCAGGGGGCCCAAGGGGGGGGCCGGCAAGCGGCGGGGCCGGCGCCUGGCCAGCGUCAGCAAGCAGCGGCAGGCGGCGAACGCGCGGGAGAGGGACCGGACGCACAGCGUCAACACGGCCUUCACGGCGCUGCGCACCCUCAUUCCCACCGAGCCGGCCGACCGCAAGCUGUCCAAGAUCGAGACGCUGCGCCUGGCCUCCAGCUACAUCUCGCACCUGGCCAACGUGCUGCUGCUCGGGGAGGACAGCCCCGACGGCCAGCCCUGCCUGCAGUACCACAGCAUCACCAGCCCCACGCUCAGGCCCAUCUGCACUUUCUGUCUCAGUAACCAGAGGAAAAUGGUCAGAGAUGGGGAAAAGCACUCGUCUGUUUGAGUUGAGGAAACGGAGAGGACGCAUGCUCGGACAAGCGCCGAUGUUUACAUGUAAAGAUGACUACUGUUCUAUAGAAGAAGAAAAAAAGAAGCUGAACUUUGUAUAUUUUUGUAAUUUCAUGAACGAAAGGGAAGAGAGGGACCCUCACUGAAGUGCACUUUGCGUUUUAUCUGAAGUGUUUUGGUAAAAUGUAACACGAGCCCGUGUGUACAGCUGCACCUGGCAAUGCAGCUAUUUCAGUAUCAGAAAUGCUAAACCUCAGCGUCCCGUUCCUAAAUGAAAGUAUUGCCUCCGCAGCCAGCCACAUGGCUGUAACCGAAGCCAGGACACACAGUGGUUGCUGUCAGUAUAGAGACGGCUCUUCUGCCAGCUGGGCAGAGGCAAUUAAGUCCCUCUAGUAUUGCUACACCAUCCGACCGUAAACAAGAACUUUCAGUCCUGUAGCGGCCUGUCGUUCGCCGUAUUUUAGCAUGCUUAGAGGUAGUUAGCUAAACUUCGCGCUUUAAUGGGGAGUUGAAUCAGAAUACCAAUUGUAAGGAAUGAAUUUAUGAGGGCUAGUCAAAACUGAAUAUACAUAAACAACUAUAGUCUAUAUUCAAAAUAUAUAAAUUAAUUUCAGACGGUACUCUGAAAGAACAUGGAAAGAAAGAUAAGGCAGAGUAGAAAUGGUAAAUUCCUUGAAAAGUGAUCGCAAUUAAAGGCUUUCUCCUGUCAGUGAUGUAUACAUCCUACGAUCAUCUUCACUACUAAUAACUUUUCAACCAUGAUCAGAAACCCCUUAAUAAUUACAUUGUGUUUACAAACUAGUAUUAGUAUUUUAUUAAAUAAUUGUCUUGAUCAGGAAUGUAGUUGCAUAUGCAAUACUGUACGUAUAAAGUUCAACGUUUUUGCAUGUGAGAGUGAGAGAGAGAGAGAGAGAGAGAGAGAGAGAGAGAGACUGCUUGUGUCCUGAAGAUCUUGGAUUUAAAUUUCUUGAAGUAAAUUGAUUCUGGAAAUAAUUUUGAAUCAUGCACCUACUUUGUAAACAUAUGGUAAUCUGGGGUUCAAAUACAGAACAACAAUGUUUACUUGCUUGUAUUGCACAAAACUUCAGACAAUAUGUUGCUAACACAACAUAUUCUGAUUAUUUUAGUUGGUCAAACAGAAAUGUAAAAAAAGCACCUCAAAUCCUUAUGCAACGUGUACUGUUUUGAAUAUUAUUAAUGUUGUGCAGUAUAUAAAAAGAAUAGUUAGAUUUUACAGUGUCAGAGAAUUGCACUUUUCAUUGAUAAAUUUGGUUUUUCCAAGUACUUUUCAAAAAUAUCUGAUGUGCCCAACAAUAUAUUAUUACCAUGAGAAUUUCAACUGUGACAUGUGUACAAACCUGUACUUGUGAGUAUCCUAUCAAACCAAUGGCACAAAAUUUCACAACAAAUUUGCUAUUUAAACUUUUCACCUCAAUUAAGAGCCAAAAAUGUAGUUUACAUAUGCACUAUUUGCUGAAAUAUAUAGGCCUACCUCUCAAAGUAUUAAAUAUGCCAUUUAUGUCAGCAUACUUGAAUUUACCUGGACCUGUGUCCAUAUUGCAAUACUGUUGUUUUAUUUUGCACAUAGCAAAACAUGAAGCUGCUACAAAUGACACAUAUUUUUGUACAACAGAACAAGAUAAAUAUGAGUUUAACCAAUUGCAUAUAUCAGUGAGUUCAUUUUCAUUCAAAUUAUUAAAAGUAUUUUUAAAAUUAUGGCUUUGCUCUUUUACUUUUAUGCAUGUUUUUCACAGAGAGAAAACCACAUAUACUCCAAAGACUAUUACAUUUUCUUUGACAUAAUACAAGUGUCUUGUAUGACAAAAAAAUGUUGCAGUGAAAAUAUUUUCAAAAAACUAUUU